AUGUACCGCGCCCCCAGGAGCUUCUCGACCUCGGCCAGAGUGCAUCCCAGCUUCCUUCCUCACCUGCGCCACUCUCGCCACAUGCCAUUUCGCUGGCUCAAACCCAUACUUGUCGUCUCCAUGAUCGGCCUAGCCGCAAAGACCUACGUCGAAGUCGCCGGGAGGCGUCGUGACGCUCGGCUGCUCGCCGCUGAGCGCGACGCUGCCGAGCAGCAGCGCCGCGACAAUGCCCUCAUGGACGUCUACGGCGACCGUUCCAGUCUCGAUGCCCUGGAGAAAGCCGUCGAGUUCUAUGAGAAGCGGCGCUGA